AAAAAACAGUAAAGCAAGAGUUCAGUAUUGCUUAUGCAGAUCAAGUCUCUUUCCCUGGAUAGAAGCAUGACCACAAAACUACCAUCUCAAGAGGAGUUUGAGAACUGGACACCUUUUCAAGUUGCAGAUCUCUUAAGACAGUUUGGAAUGCCUGAAUCUGCUGUGCUUGUAGAAAAACUGUGCAUGAAUGGAUCUCAUUUCUUGAAUGCAUCAGAAAAUGAGCUGAGCAGAUUCAAAACAAUGCACUGGCCGAAGCUUCAAAAGAUGGUGCAUGACAUCAAGAAAAAUGAAAGUGGGAUAAUAAACAAGUUCAAAAAGUUCCAAAAUGAACAAGUGGCCUUAAUUUGCAAAACUGGGAAAGAUACUUGGGAUCGCCUUAAAAAAAAGCCACCGCCAAGUCUGCCACAAAGGGAUUAUGCUUCAGAGCAUGCAGACAAUGAAGAGGAACAAUGGUCAGAUGAUUUUGACAGCGAUUAUGAAAAUCCAGAUGACCACUCUGACUCUGAGAUGUAUGUGGUCCCCAGUGAAGAGAACCCUGAUGACAGCUAUGAGCCACCUCCAAGUGAGAAGGAGAAAAAGAAGAUUCCCUCUGCAUUCCCUAUUUCUAGGGGGGAAUAUGCAGACAAUCGCACCGGUCACCAGAAGCUUCCUCCCAUCAACAAACCCCUCCCAAGUACACCUAGUCCAGCCAUGUCCAGACCAAAGAAACCAUGUGUGCCAUCCAUGCCAUUGCCAUCUCCUGCUGCAAAACCAAAAGUGCCACCUAAGCCUAAGGAGUGCAGUGAUGAUGAGGAUAACUACAUUGUGCCAGUGGACAAUGAUGAUGAUAACUAUAUUGAACCCACAGAAGGCAGCAUGUCACUACCUACAAGAUCACCUGUGAACAGAUUUAUGAAGACAACAAAGCCAGCCCCCCCUAUUUCUCCAAAGCCUUCUCUUACUUCUGUUAUGCAAGAAGUCUACGAGGUUCCUGAAGAAGAGGAAAAACCAUCACCACCACCAGUAACCAGGUUCACCAAGCCACUCAUGUUUAUGCCUGUUCAGAAUACAGAGCACUCCCACAUGCACAGCAUGACCAGAGAGUCACCUAAGCAGGAUAAUUCCAGAAAUAUUUUGCCUCUCCCCAGAAGUCGUCUUCAUCCAAAAACAGACCAUGAAGCAAACAAUAAUGAUGAAAGUCAGAGGUUCAAUAACACACAAGAAUCCAGAUUUCCCACUGGAGCAGCUCCAUCUCCAUUACCAAGGGGCCUCAAGAAGGCUUCUAAUGCAGUAAUUUCACCAAAACCGUGUUUACCUUCCAGAGAGACCUUAACUGCAAAUGAAGAAAAACCUAUGGUACCAGAACGACGGCGCAAUUCCAGCCAGGAACUUCCACUUCCCCCCCUUCCAAGUGGUGCCCAAAAGCCUCUGCUCCAAAAGCCCUCAAUUCUGCCAAAAGUGCCAGAAGCUGUAAACUGUUCUUUGGGUGCUUCCCCUCCCAGCAGCAUUUCAUCUGUUUCAAGUUCUGCAGACCAGGAUGCUGGUGUUCACAGUAAAGCAUGGUAUGCUGCUACCUGUGAUAGGAAAAUGGCAGAAGAUGCCUUGUACCGAUCAAACAAGGAUGGAUCUUUUCUAAUAAGGAAGAGUUCUGGGCAGGACUCACGGCAGCCAUAUACACUGGUUGUGUUUUACAACAGAAGAGUGUACAACAUUCCUAUACGAUUUAUUGAAUCAACAAGGCAAUAUGCACUGGGCAGAGAAAAAAGUGGUGAAGAGCGCUUUGACAGUGUUGCUGAAAUAGUAGAGAAUCAUCAGCGCACCUCCCUGGUUCUAAUUGACAGCCAAAACAACACAAAAGACUCUACAAAACUGAAAUAUAUUGUAAGAGUUUCUUAAUCAAACUGAACUGCUGAAAUGGAAGACCUCUUUAAUCAUUUCUUUCAACAUACCGAGACAUGGACAAGGUAUUAAAAGAAGAAAAUCCAAAAUAAUGGGAAACACUCUUCAAGAACACCUACAGAGUAGUAAGAAAUGCAUUUCAUAGAGUUCAACCCCACGUCACUUUUAUCAAGAAAGUUUAACACAAGAAGCCAAAGCAGAUAUGCUGUCAUCUGUGACAAGGGUAUCCAAAGUCAUAGGAAGAACAACUGCAUACCAGAGCCUGGUCCUCUGACUGCUGUUUGAAGAUAGAUUUCUUGAAGGACAGUUUUGUUUUAAAAAUGAGAAUACCCACAUUGAUCUACUCUUUCAAUUUAUGUUUACCACAUAUCACUGCUUUCAACAAUUUCUUUGUAAAGUGCACAGCCCCAGAAAUUAGAGCAGCUUGACCUAAUGUACUACUGUGCACAAGUUGAAAAUAGGACUGUUCUUUGAUUAGUGGCAAUAAAUCCACCUGAAUGUUUUAGAUUUAUGGACAUAUGUUGUACUUUCCCUCAGCUUCACCCUGUUUCACUGAUAUUCUUGUUUGUAUUUUCAAAUGUACAAAUAAAAUUUAAAAAUACUGUAAAUGCAGUAGUGUAUGGAGA